CAAUCCUUCCUUCAAGAACACAUGACCAACCAGGGCAGAAACACACAGAUCCGCUGCGUUUGCCAACAUGAUCAAAACUUGGACUUUUUUACUGUCUUUUGUUUUCUUUGUCUUCAGUUUUGCUGUUGUUUUUGCCCAGACGGCAAGUCCAGUAACAAACUGCACUAUAAAAUCCAACACAACUUGUGAAGAAUGUCUGAAGAUUGUUUCGUGUUUGUGGUGCAUCUCAAGCCAGAAAUGCAUCGACUAUCCAGUGAAGAGCGUUCUACCAUCUCGUAGUGUCUGUCCUCUCUCAGAUGCACGAUGGGGAAUGUGCUGGAUGAAUUUCCAGACUCUCAUCAUUACCAUCUCUGUGAUCGCCGGGGUGAUCCUCGUCGCCAUAUUCGUCUGCUGCUUCUGCUGCUGUAAAUGUGAAAACAUUGGGUCUAAGAGGAAUGAUGAGCGAAUGGAGAGACAAGCUCAUCUGAAAAGUUUUCGCAAAGAGGAGAGGAAAGCAGAGAUGAGGAAGAGACAUGAUGAAAUGCGAUUGAAAUAUGGUUUGACAAAGGAUAACCAGUACUCCAGAUUUGAGAACAGCUAAGAAACUUUUGAUGAUGCUCCACUGUUGACUUUUCUUAAUACCUCUCAAAAAUGAACACAUUUCCUUGCAUAUCCAGCACUCCAUUUUUAUUUGAUUGUACUAGUUGCCAGCUGGCCACAGAAGCAUACAUAAAUUUGAUUUAUUCAUACCUAGAUUUUUAACAGAUCUGCACGCAAACCACAAUUUAGACAUUGUAUUGUAAAAAAGCUUUGUAAAUGUAGUACCCUGAUGACUUUUUGCAAAUCCAAAUAAGUGACAAAAUAAAUUCAGCAAGAUGUGUUGAUAAUUGAGUGCAUUGGGCCAAACCUGAUUUUUGGUUGGCUGCACAUGUCAUUUAAUGUAGCUUUUUAAUCAGAUUAAACUAGGACUUGCCUUGCAUAAAUUAUAAAUUGAUAUUUCAAUAUAACUUGGUUUUGUGUUUGUCAAUGUUUUAAUCACUAGCUCUUUGUAAUUACCAAAUGGUUGAUAUAUCAGUGUGAUUUACAAAGCCAAAUAAACUUGGAUUAAAAGUGAA